AUAGCUUCGCUCUUCGGCAACAGUUGUGUAUAGUCGGUGAGACGAAGCAAACCUAAUUCAAACACAAAAUGAUCGCUAAAGCCGCAGUCGUCCUGUCCCUCGUGGCGUUGGUGUCCGCUGGAGUGGUCCAGGUUGGAUACGGAGGUUAUGACCAAGGAGCAGUUGCGUACGCACCCGUAGCACAGGUCGCCCAGUACGGAGGCUAUGAUGACAGAAACGUUGAUUAUCACGCACACCCCAAAUAUGAUUACUCUUACUCCGUGUCUGACCCUCACACUGGUGACCAUAAGACCCAACAUGAGGUCCGCGAUGGUGACGUCGUAAGAGGCGAAUACUCCCUCCUCCAACCAGACGGCACCUUCCGCAAAGUCACAUAUACCGCCGAUGAUCACAAUGGCUUCAACGCGGUAGUUGAGAACAGCGGAGCAUCCCAACACCAAUACUAGUUACCAAGAAUGGUGGCGCAUUGCCAUACACCAUAUGUGAUAUUAAACCUUUAAUACUUAUGUAGAUAGUCUUUGGUCGACAUCGACUUUUAUGUUUUAAGACUGCGGCGAAAAUAUACUGUUUGAAAAAAGAAAUUGUAUUUUUAUUGAAGUAUUUAAUGUUAUUUUUUUAUAAGAUUAGAAUAAAAUCAGUCAAAUUAAGAACUCCAUGAUAGUAAGUUAUAAGUCUGUGAUACGUAAGCUUUGUCCACUU